AUGUUCUUCUUGAACCCACAAUAUCUUAUUAAAUUACAUGAGACGAGAUCUGUCAUUUUAAAUGAUAUUAGUAUUGGAAUAUUGUUUGAAUGGAAUCGUGAGUAUGAUAAAUGGGAUGAUAUGGUUCAAAAGUUGAUAGAAAUGCCAUACACUUUCUAUUCAUUAAGAUAUCUCGUCGAAUCGGAAAAUGCCUUGUCUUGGGAUCAAAUCAAACGUUUGACAUCGGGGUCUCAUCAAAUAUCACUAGCAGCUAAUCUUGAUGAAGUUUUCAAUACCUUUUGUAAUGGGCAUACAUUGACAGAACUCCAGUUGACAAGAGUGAUAAAUAUGAAUGACGUUAUAUACAUCCCCAAAGUGUUACAAAGCUCGAUUGCUCACUCGAAGUUCAGACGAAUGAAAGUGUGGUUCAGUUGA